AUGAUAAAUCUUUGGAAACACAAGUUUUCUAUAAUAUGCACAUUUCCAAGAUUCGAUCCGAUGUGUCAAUAUGAAAUGAAUUAUUAUUAUCCAAAUCAAUCAUCUCUAUAUGAUAUUAUUAAUGAAUAUUAUAAUAGCUAUCCAUAUAAUCCAACUACUUUGACAUGCUAUAUUCAUUUACAAUGUAAUCGUGGUCCUUUUUCAUUAUGUAUAAAUUGGAGAGAGAUUUGUGAUGGACGAGUAGAUAGCAUCAAUGGCAAAUUUGAUGAAGAACAUUAUUGGCAACUUGAAAUAAACGAAUGUCAUUCUAACGAAAAUCGAUGUACUAAUGGAUAA